UCUUGGGGGCCGGAAGGAGGUGGAAACUCCUGCAUCCAACUGGAGCGCCCGCGAACGCGUGUGGUGGGAGAGCGCGUGGCUGUUUUAGAGGCUUGUUGCUGGAGCGUGUGGCUAGUGCGCGGAGGUCGGAGGUGGCCGAAAGCCUGAAGUCGGUGUAGAAGCUGAGACCGCGAGCUAUGGUGGGGAGAUCCCGACGGCGCGGAGCGGCCAAGUGGGCAGCUGUGCGAGCUAAGGCUGGUCGCGACCCAGCGGGCGAAAAUGAUGGCAAUUUGGAAUCUCCACCCUCACCAGGGGACUCCAGCUAUUACCAAGAUAAGGUAGAUGAUUUCCAUGAGGCCCGAUCUCGGGCCGCCUUGGCUAAGGGCUGGAGCGAAGUAGAGAGUGGGGACGAGGAGGAGGAUGGCGAGGAGGAGGAGGUGCUUGCCCUAGAUGUUGCCGAUGAGGACAGUGAAGAUGGAGAGAGUGUGGGGGAUGAGGAUGACGAUGAUGAUGGUGGGAGCUCCAUGCAGAGUGAGGCUGAGACCUCGAUGGAUCCCAGUUUGUCGUGGGGUCAGAGGAAGAAACUUUAUUACGACACGGACUAUGGUUCCAAGUCCCGAGGCCGGCAGAGUCAACAAGAAGUAGAGGAAGAGGAAAGAGAGGAGGAGGAGGAGGCGCAGCUCAUUCAGCGGCGCUUAGCCCAAGCUCUGCAAGAGGACGAUUUUGGAGUUACCUGGGUGGAGGCCUUUGCAAAACCAGUACCUCAGGUAAAUGAGGCUGAGACACGGGUCGUGAAGGAUUUGACGAAACUUUCAGUGAAAGAGAAGAUGAAGAUGCUGAGAAAGGAAUCACCAGAGCUUUUGGAGCUGAUAGAUGACCUGAAAGUUAAGUUGACAGAGGUGAAGGAUGAACUGGAGCCAUUGCUACAUUUGGUGGAGCAAAAGAUCAUUCCACCUGGAAAAGGAAGCCAAUACCUGAGGACCAAAUACAACCUCUAUUUGAACUACUGCUCCAACAUCAGUUUUUAUCUGAUCCUCAAAGCUAGGAGAGUCCCUGCACAUGGACAUCCUGUCAUAGAAAGGCUUGUUACCUACCGAAAUUUGAUCAACAAACUGGCAGUUGUGGAUCAGAAGCUGUCCUCGGAGAUUCGUCAUCUACUCACACUUAAAGAUGGUGCUGGAAAGAAAGAACUGAUUCUAAAAGCAAAAUCCACAAAGGCCAAGCCAAAAUCUGUUUCUGCUGCUGCUGCUACCUCUGCUGUUACAGACCUUUCUGAUGAUUCUGAUUUUGAUGAAGAAGCUGCACUGAAAUACUAUAAAGAAAUGGAAGACAGACAAAAAUUGAAGAGAAAGAAAGAAGAAAAUAGUACUGAAGAACAGGCUCUUGAAGAUCAAAAUGCGAAGAGAGCCAUUACUUACCAGAUUGCUAAAAACAGGGGACUUACACCUCGGAGAAAGAAGAUUGAUCGGAAUCCCAGAGUGAAACACCGGGAGAAGUUCCGAAGAGCCAAAAUUCGCAGAAGAGGCCAGGUUCGUGAAGUUCGUAGAGAACAGCAGCGUUAUAGUGGUGAACUAUCUGGCAUUCGUGCAGGAGUUAAAAAGAGCAUUAAGCUUAAAUAAAGUUUUGUUUAGCUUAAGUUUUGGGGCAGUAAUUUUGGAUCAAUAAAUUUUUAUUUUUAA